AUGGCGUCAAAGAUUGUCAAGCCUGAAGGCCAAACACCUGAUGAAUUUGAGCUGCAAGUAGCGCAGGAGCUCUUCAACUUGGAGCAGUCCGCUGCUGAGAUCAAGAACGACCUCAAGGACUUGCACAUCACUGCUGCUAAGCAGGUGGACAUUUCUUCAGGGCGCAAGGCCAUUGUGAUCUUUGUACCGUUUCGUCUACACGCAUCGUUUAAAAAGAUUCAGGCCCGUCUUGUGCGUGAGCUUGAAAAAAAGUUCUCUGGUCGUCACGUUGUGAUUAUUGCCCAGCGCACCAUCCUUGGCAAAGGCUACUCCCGCGCCAACCACGGUGCUGGUCCACGUCCUCGCUCGCGCACGCUUACUCACGUGCAGGAGCAAAUUCUUGAUGACCUUGUCUUCCCCACUGAGAUUGUUGGCAAGCGCACACGCUGUCGUCUUGAUGGUUCCAAGCUGCUGAAGGUGCACUUGGACCCGAAGGACCAGGUCAACGUGGAGACAAAGCUUGACACGUUUGCCACCGUGUACAAGAAACUGACUAACAAGGACGUAGUGUUCGAGUUCCCUGUGAUGGAGUAA